AUGGGUGAUCUCCCCUCCGAGCCAGUUCAAUUCAAAAUUGAACCAUUUCAUAUUCCUGGGACAAACAUCAGGAGGGCUCGGGGACAUCUGGAAAUGUUCGAUGACUACACGGUCUGGAACACAACGCCUUUCUCUGAUGUAUCUACUCUCCAGAGAAUUCGUCGCGAGACCUAUGUUUGGAUACAGUUAGAACACGACCACAUUCUUCCUCUCGAGGGUGUGACUGUCGCUGAGGAAUUCGGGCCACUCCCGGCACUAGUUUCUCCAUGGAUGGAAGAAGGAUCGCUGGACGAUUACUUGAAGCGCGGGUUUCCCGGACUGUCUGAGUAUGGAAAACGAGGGCUUAUAUGGCAGGUAGCUGCUGGUAUUAGUUACCUGCACAGCAAGGGUAUCGUGCACGGUGACUUGACAGCGACCAACGUUUUGGUUGACAGCUCCGGUUGCCUCCGUCUCGCAGACUUUGGUCUAUCGAUGAUCCUUGCUGAGGCAGGAAACGCCACAUUCAACUCCUGUCAUCCAGGAAACGUACGCUGGAUGCCCCCUGAGGCACUCCGAGCCGGAGCUGAAGACGAAGACGAAGACGAAGCUAAAGACGAAAAGCCAACCAAAGCUUGGGAUGUCUACUCAUAUGGCUGCGUGGCGAUGCAGAUCUUCUCGGGAAAUCAGCCCUACGCAUGGAUAAAAAAUGCUCUUAAAGUUAUGGGCGCGAUGCAGGGGGGACGUGUGCCUUUCAAGGACAUACAGAGUCAUGAGGUGUAUCAACAACUCUCACCGUGCUUAAAUAAGAUACCAGCCAAUCGCCCGACAAUGGUCGAUAUCAUGAGAGAUCUGGGGUUACGAUAAACGUCAUCAUGUAGUGAGAUAUCAUGUCAAUAGUGUAUACUGUGAGAUAUUGU